AUGGAAUCGGAAUAUGUGCCACCUUGGAAGCGAAUGGGGUUUAAAUCCCGAGAGGAAAUGAUCAAAUACGAUGAACGCGAGCUACGUCGAGAGUGGAAGGCAUACCUGCAAAACGCAACUGGAAGCACGAGCGGAGCAGUUGCUACCAGUCGAAAGGAGGAUUCCGAUUCCAAAGAUGAAGAUGAUUCCAAUAAUGAGGAUGGACAAACUUCAAGCACUAUACUCGAUGAUAAGCACGUGAAGAAACGCAAGCAUUUCAAGGGGCAAGAUGGCGAUCACCCAAAGAAACGCCAGAAGUCGAAAGCACGAGGUGUAAAGGAAGACUGUUCAGGGGACGAAAAACCCCCAUUCAAAGCCGUUCACCCUGAUUCCAAAUCGGACAAUGACUUGGAUGGUAGCAAUGACGACUAUGAGGAAUCUACAAGCUCGGGAGAACAUACCAUGGAAAGCGAGGACAGUGUGGAAAAGUCAGAUGGUACGACCUUGGAGGACCGUGGAUGA